UCAUAUUAUGCUGUUUUAUAUACUUUCUCUUGCAUAGCAUUUAUGCAUUUGCUCAGCACACAUUACUGGAUGAUGAUCUAAACCAGAAGCCGGGGUAUGAAAAUUCUCUGUCAGUUAAUGUUGGGAAUAGACAGUUUGGGCGGACAAGAAUCAACUGAAGAAAGUGGGGGGGGAAAAGAGAAGCAACUUCACUUGCAGUGCAGACAGAGAAAAGCGGAGAAGAGCAGAUAAGCGUGUGCUUGAUGUGCUGCAGUGUGACGUGGAUGGAUGUGGGAUUUCUCCCCUGUUCUGUGUGUUGAUGUGAUUGGUGCCCAGAGUCCAUCGCUUCACAGGCUGCUGCUGCCCUGGAGCCAGAGCGCAGGAAUUCACUCUCACAGAGACUAGCACACACAUGCAUUGAGACACUUACUUACACACGUUUCACACACACACACACACACACACACACACACACACACACACACACACACAGACGCCACAUGGACAAAUACAUACUUUGGCAGCACUUCAAAGCAAUAACUGCACUUGUGGUUAAAACAGAGUGUUGCACUCACCUUUUUGACAGCUGCCGCAUCCAUUUUGACCUUUUUAACGGCAUUUUCUUCAAGUUUUGGGAAAAGUGACUUUUUCACCUCAUUGUCCACGGGACAAGAAGACACUUUUAUCGUUGAGGUAACAGCAUUGGUGCCUCCUGGGAGAUUUUAGGACUAGUUUAUCUUCAUAGCAUCAGCAUCCUGUCUGCGGGGGCUCGCCGUCAGCAUGCAGGUGUCAUUUGUGUGCACGGACCACCGAGCUGUUAGCCGCAGCACCGAGGACCGACUGAACCGACAGAACACCAACAGCCCAAGUUUGGGGACCAAAAGCAAGUUCCGUGCUGUGGCGAUGGUGGCCCGCAGCCUGGGCCAACUGUCUGUGCAGAACAUGCCCUCCUCUGGCGGCCACUGCUUGAGAACAGGCAUGAAAUAUAGGAACCUUGGGAAAUCUGGAUUACGAGUAUCAUGUCUAGGGCUGGGCACCUGGGUGACGUUUGGUGGUCAAAUUACAGAUGAGAUAGCUGAACAGCUGAUGACACUGGCGUAUGAGAACGGGAUCAAUCUGUUUGACACAGCUGAAGUGUAUGCGGCAGGGAAGGCUGAAAUGGUUCUCGGCAGUGUCAUCAAGAAGAAAGGAUGGAGACGUUCCAGUUUGGUCAUCACCACCAAGAUAUACUGGGGUGGAAAAGCUGAAACAGAGAGAGGCUUGUCCAGAAAACACAUAAUAGAGGGUCUAAGGGCAUCACUGGAGAGACUUCAGUUAGAGUAUGUGGACGUAGUGUUUGCUAACAGGCCCGACCCCAACACGCCAAUGGAAGGAGAUCCAUUUAACACUUCAAAAUCAAGAACAUUCAUCAUAGAAGAGACUGUUCGAGCAAUGACCCAUGUGAUUAACCAGGGAAUGGCCAUGUAUUGGGGUACUUCCCGCUGGAGCUCAAUGGAGAUUAUGGAGGCGUACUCAGUGGCAAGACAGUUUAACCUGAUCCCGCCUGUCUGUGAGCAGGCAGAAUAUCACAUGUUCCAGAGAGAGAAGGUGGAAGUACAGCUGCCUGAACUCUUCCAUAAGAUAGGUGUGGGUGCCAUGACGUGGUCUCCGCUGGCCUGUGGGAUCAUCUCAGGGAAGUAUGACAGCGGUGUGCCUUCUCAUUCCAGAGCCUCUCUCAAGGGCUACCAGUGGUUGAAGGACAAGAUCCUGAGUGAGGAAGGCCGCCGUCAGCAGGCGAAGCUGAAAGAGUUGCAGGCCAUUGCGGAGCGGCUGGGCUGCACGCUGCCCCAGCUGGCCAUCGCGUGGUGUCUGAGGAACGAGGGGGUGAGCUGUGUGCUGCUGGGGGCCUCCAGCACUGAUCAGCUGAUGGAGAACAUAGGAGCCAUUCAGGUUCUUCCAAAAUUAUCAUCAUCAAUAAUACAUGAAGUGGACAGUAUCUUAGGCAACAAGCCCUACAGUAAAAAAGACUACCGGUCCUAAAAGGAAGGUCAGUGACACUGUAUCGACCUGCUUCUUUCUGAGCUUUGACUGAAUUAAACAUUGGCACAUGGGACCAGCACCGUCACAGGUCCUGCAGGAGACGCCAACUCGCACACUACAUGGAGUUUGCUGACAUUAGCCUGAGAGGAGGCCAGGAAUCGCACGGGCAGAAGGGAAGCAUGCUCACGUACUCAAUAAGCAGAACAACGCUCCAACCACUAAGAAACCACUGAGAUCAAGCGCACCGGCUCGCUUCCUCCUCCCAUUUGUCCCCUUACAGUAAACACUGAGAAGUGCAAUAUUAGGGGUUUGUACUUAUUCUAGAAAUGCAUGAGAUCCACUGGCCAGUGCUUUUUUCCUACAUUUUGGAAAAUUAAUACAUUUGCAUAAGCUAAAAGGAAGUAAUGAAACUGAUGAAGCACUGGCGAAUACAUGACUAAACAAUCUAAAAAAAGGUAUUAAAUUAGUUUUAUAUGGAAACAUCACUGAAUUCAUAGCCAAUAUAGUGAUUGUUUACAAGACCUCAUUUAUACUACAAGCUAUAGCAUUUCUGGCUGCUUUUUAGUUCUAAAUACAGAAAGGGAAAGUCAUUGUAGAGUUAUAUAUAAUACUGUAGGUAAACAAAUUAGCUUUGGGUUGUGAGACUGUCAGAAAUAUUAAUCUAAAACAGGCCUCAACAAAUGUGCAAUAUCUGAAAGUGUUCGUAAACCCAUUGUUCUUUUUACUUUCAGGAGCUUUUUCUAGAAAACAAAUGUCCUAUUAUAGUUUAGACAUUAGUUGAGUGGUGGUCUGUGCUCACAGCUUCGUGUGGCUGAAACCAAAGAAAUGUCCGUUUCCUCCAAACCCCUACGUUUGAUCACGUGACUUGUUUUAAAACGUUAAUUGGUAGUCGUGUCAUCUGUACUCAGUGUUUGUUACAUUGCCUUAAUGAUGUGUAUUUUGAGUCGUUGUCGAUGAAUGUGGAAAUCUCUGUUCCUAUUUAUUUAUAUAUUUAUUUAUUUCAAUAGAUGUUAAAUUAUCAGAACUAUUUUGAGCGCACUGGAUUUUUUUUUUCUGUCGGUCAGUAUUCACACAAGACUGUCUAAACGAGUUUUUUAAGGCAUUAAGGUGUUUUUGUUGUUUGUUGUCCUUUUGUAUGUGUAGUAUGCGUCUUAACUCCCGUUUGUUUUUGGCCAAUGGCGCCCUCUAUUGGGCUGGAAUCACUCCACAUUAUAUGUAAAAUUUACAUUACUUCUUCGGGGGAAAAAAGAAAAAAAAAUCAGUAGCUUACAAUAAUAUUUGCAAAACAGUGGAUCUUCUCUUCCUAGUGUUUUUUUUUUUUUUUUUUUUCGCAUGUGUUCUCCAUGAAACAUUAUUUCAACAUUUUUAAUUACUCAGACAUUUUCAAACCGAUUAGGACAGUGUUAAUUUGAGUCUGAGAUUACUAAAUUAUGCCUUAUUCAGUACUAAUGCUAAAUAUUCAGUGUUGCAACCAUUUAUUUAGCAUGUUUCAUCUUUACAAAUAGAAUUAUCUAGUGUAUGCAUUAUGGCAUUUUAAAACCAUCAGUGGUGAAUGGUGAGAAUAAGCUGGUGAGAGUGACAGAGGCGUUAUAGAAUAACUUAUGUUAUUGUAAUUAUUCACUUUUAAUAAUAUAAAUGCCAAAAUGAAUUCAUAUCAUAUCAAGGCAGUUCAAAUAAUUCUGACACUCAUUCCAAUAUGAAUGGACUUUUUACUAAAUUUAUGUAUUGUCAUCUUCAAAGAGUCUCAAUACAGUUGGCUGCAUGUACAUAGUAAUGAAUUUUAAUAAUGGCCUAUAUUUUAGUGUAGAACAAUGCUUAUGCUUGGCUGAGUAUGAAAGUGUUGACCUGUAGUUGGAAUGUAAUGCAACUUAUAAGGGUUUUGAUUGUUGAUUGAGCUACACUGAGCUGCAGGAGUGGAAAUGCUGAGUGGAACAUACUGUUAAACAAGAAAAAGCAGAGAGAUUAUUAUUUCUAUCUGUAAGGCUUUUUGAAGUAGCACUUAAACCAAAGAAGACAACAGGCUUUGAUAGAAGUGGAAGCAUUGCUUCAGUUGCCAUUAGCUGAGAGUCAUUGUAAAUGUACUUGUAUUUGUCAUUUGUAUGUUGAGUGAGGCUGCAUCUAUGAAUUGUUAGUGGUAUUUUUCCUGUUCACAGUAUGUUUUGAUAUGUUUGCUCUCGCUCAGGAAGCCAUAACUAUGUUGUUUAGAUGGUAAACAUCGCACAACAUGUACCAGUUUCGUCAUGUGGAGGAUAAAUGUCAUUGAAUGAGACAUUGUUGGUGUACACAAUUACAACAGCCUAAUAUUUAUUUUGUUUCGUUUUUUCCUGCAAUGAUAGAGGUUGUUGUAGAAAGAGCCCAAGCUGAAUAUUUUGCUAUAAAAUUAUUUGAAAAAAUAUUGUCAAUAGGAGUAACUGUAUGUACAGGAAAUCUAAAAUGUUUUGAAUAGACAGGGUUUGUUUGUUUUUUUUUGUAUAACCUAUUAUUCUGAUAAUUAUUAACUGUAAUAUGACCUUUACUGUUAAAGAAAUGCAUUAAGUUAUGAUGAUCUCUGUAGAUACAUAAUUGAAUGGUUUGAUAACAUGUAUAUAAUCUGAUUCUAUAUAUACUGUACUGGUUUUAAUGACCAUUAUCACAUUUGCCUUCAUUUAUUUUUUCAUUGGCAAUUAUUGCUUGAUAUUGUGCUUGAAGAAAAAUAUGUACAGCUUCAAACAACUGAAAAUAAAUAACUCUAAAAUUCUUUAA